CGUUCUUCCGCUCUUCGUUUUGUUUCGGAAUCGGAACUUUCGGAGUUUCGGAAAGUGGUUUCGAAAUAGAUUUUUAUAUAUUAAAAUACCUCUAAAUAUUGAUCAGAAUUUCAAUACAGUUUUAAUAUUUUGCUAGUUACUGUGUUACUUAGUUUUUAAAGCUUUCCAAUGGAAGGUUUCGACGAUCCCGGUAUCUUCUUUUCGGAUAAUUUCAGCACCACCGAUGAUCAACCAUACCAACAGGUCAACUUGAGAGUUGUAAAAAAGAAGUUCAAAGAAUUCCUCCGACAAUUUCACGAGGAGAACUUCAAUUAUAAAUACAGGGAUACAUUGAAGAAACAGUAUAACUUGGGAUUGUAUAACCUGACUGUGAACAUCGAAGAUUUAAGUAGUUUCGAUGAAGAUCUUGCUGAUAGUUUGUACAAACAACCUACCGAAUAUCUACCUGUUUUUGAAGAAGCUGCGAAAGAAGUUGCAGAUGAUCUCACUCAUCCUAGACCGGAAGGUGAAGAACAAGUUGAAGAUAUUCAAAUUUUAUUAACUUCUAAUUCUGUUCCAACUUCCGUUCGUCAUUUGAAGUCGGAAAUGAUUUCACGUUUGGUGAGGGUAAGUGGAAUAAUCGUUGCAGCUUCUGGUAUUCGUGCCAAAAGUACAAAAAUUGCCAUUCAAUGUCGUACCUGUCGUAAUGUUAUACCUAAUUUACCUGUUAAACCUGGCCUUGAUGGAUACGUUUUGCCAAGGAAAUGCAAUACUGAACAAGCCGGACGUCCUAAAUGCCCACUAGAUCCUUAUUUCAUUAUCCCAGAUAAAUGCGCCUGUGUUGAUUAUCAAAUACUCAAAUUACAAGAAUUGACAGAUUCUAUCCCUCAAGGUGAAAUGCCGAGACAUUUGCAAUUAUAUUGCGAUAGAUAUUUAUGCGAUAAGGUGGUUCCUGGUAACAGAGUCGAUAUUUUGGGUAUAUUUUCUAUCCGUAAAGUUUCGAAGUCUAAGGGGAGAGAAUCAAGUAAAUCGGUUAUUGGCGUUCGUGCUCCGUAUUUGAGAGUUGUUGGAAUUGAAAUCGACGACAAAGGUUGUGGAUUCAGUUCUUCUCUGCCUAUUACUACUGAAGAUGAAGAAAUGUUCCGUAGAUUAGCUUCUUCUCCCAAUGUUUACGAACGCAUAGCGCGUUCAAUUGUACCUUCUAUUUUCGGAUUCGAAGAUAUCAAGAAAGCGGUCGCUUGUUUAUUAUUCGGGGGUUCUCGCAAACGGUUACCUGAUGGUUUAACUCGAAGAGGAGAUAUCAAUAUUUUACUGUUGGGAGAUCCCGGUACUGCUAAAUCUCAAUUACUUAAAUUCGUACAAAGAGUGUCGCCAAUCGGUAUUUAUACAUCUGGUAAAGGUUCAUCUGCCGCCGGUCUUACAGCGUCCGUUUUACGUGAUCCAGCUACCAGAAACUUCGUAAUGGAAGGUGGAGCUAUGGUUUUAGCUGAUGGUGGCGUCGUAUGUAUCGACGAAUUCGAUAAAAUGAGAGAAGACGAUCGUGUCGCCAUUCACGAAGCUAUGGAACAGCAGACUAUUUCUAUUGCUAAGGCUGGUAUUACUACGACGUUAAAUUCUCGAUGCUCGGUAUUGGCUGCUGCUAACAGUGUAUUUGGACGAUGGGAUGAAAUGAAAGGAGAUGAAAAUAUUGAUUUUAUGCCUACAAUUUUAUCUAGAUUUGAUAUGAUAUUUAUUGUCAAAGACGAACAUGACGAAAAAAGAGAUAUUACGUUAGCGAAACACAUCAUGAAUGUUCACAUGACCGCUGGCGAAGAAGUAGACGAAUCCAAAGAUGGUGAAAUGUCACUUUUAAUGAUCAAAAAAUUCAUCCACUUUUGCAGAACAACGUGUGGCCCUCGGCUUUCUGAAGCUGCUGGCGAAAAGCUUAAGAACCGAUACAUAGCCAUGCGAGGAAGUUCUGCCGAAAAAGAGGAGAAGCAUAAAGCAUCAAUUCCGAUCACCGUUAGGCAACUCGAAGCUGUUAUUCGUAUUUCGGAAUCAUUAGCGAAAAUGCAACUGUUGCCAUUUGCUACGGAAACUCAUGUAGAUGAAGCUUUACGAUUGUUCCAAGUUUCAACUCUUGAAGCAGCCUCCUGCAAAUCUUUAGAAGGAGCUGAAGGUUUUACAACUGAUGAACAUAGAGAAUUGCUAUUACGUAUCGAGAAACAACUGAAACGACGAUUCCCUAUCGGAGCCCAAAUUUCGGAAAGUACAAUCGUACAAGAUUUUAUAAAACAGAAAUAUCCUGACCGCGCUAUUUACACCGUUAUUCAUACGAUGAUUCGAAGGGGCGAAUUACAACAUAGGAAUCAAAGAAAAGUUCUUUACCGGUUGAAUUAAUUUUUAUGUUCGAGUUUAAGUGGAUAAUUUAUUUUAUUGUAUGAAAUCGAAAAUUUUUGCUAAGAAUUUGAAAUUUGAUGAUGUUUAAUUUUUUGUAAGUGUAUUGAAUUGAUAAUGUUGUGAACGCGAGUGUCAAAAAUUAAACUUUUUUACAAUUUUUAUAAAUAA